GAAGCGAUGCGGCGACGUCGCGGGCACCGGCCCGCGGCGCUGCUCGCGACGCUCCUCGUGUCGCUGUCGCUGUGCGCGACCGCGGCGGCGCCGGACGAGCUGCUGACGCUGCGAGCGGACGAGGCCGCGGGGAGGCUCGCGGAGGACUCAUCACCGUCCUCACCAUCAUUCGACAACGACGGAGAAGCGCGCGGUCCAGGCGCGACGACGUCGCGCGUCGUCCGCGACGACGACGACGCGCUUUCGCCGUCGCCGCGCCCGCCGCGGACGACCCCGCCCGCGGACCCGCGGAGGAGCGCGUGCGCGCGCGACGGCGACGGCGACGCCGCCGACGCGUCGGCGGGAGCGGGCGACCAUCGACUCGCGUCGCUGCGCGUCUCCCGCGGCCUCCUUCGCCCCGCGUUCCGCCCGGACGUGACGUCGUACGAGAUCACGCUGCGCGCGGGCGACACAGACGACGCCGACGCCGACGCCGAUGUGGACGGGGUGACGUUCGUGAAGAUCUUCGCGCUGCCGUGCGACGCCGCCGCGGACGUCGUCGUCGCGGGCGUGCGCGUCCCGUCGAACGUCGCGUUCGCGCACGGCGCGGAGGGCGAAGUUCGAACUUCGAUCGCCGCGGACGCCGCGACGGACGCCGCCGACGAGAUGCGACGGAUGCCGUCGAUACCGCUCGCGCUCGGGGAGAAUGCGCUCGCGAUAACGACGCACGCGGACGUCAACGCGAGCGCGGCGGGCAGAGGCGAGCCGGACGCGACGUACGCGGUUCGCGUGCGCGUCUCGGAAGACGCCGGCGGCGUCGCGCGCGCGGCGUCUCGCGCGGCGGGGUGGACGCUCGCGCCGACCGCGCCCGAUCCGCUGGUCUUCGCAGACGAAGCAGCGAACGGAGAGCGCGCGGUGGCGCUGGGGCCGCUGACCGCGGUCUCGGACGCGGCGAUCGGGAAGACGGUGUACUUCAACGCGCCGCUGCGUGAGUCGACGACAGACCGACGCGCGUCCGGCGAACGCGCAGCUGGCGGCGGCGGCGGCGGCGGCGUGAGAGAGGACGACGAGUGGGUCGUGGAGGUCGUCGGCGUCCCCCCGCGCGGCGUCGGCUCGGUAUACCUGACGCGGUCUGCGGAGGACGCGGUCGGCGAGCGCGGCGCGCGCGUCGCCGCGCCGAGGCUGGGCACGCGCGUCGCGUCGCCGCUCUCGUUCGUCGUCGAUGAAAGUAUCCGCCUCGACGGGAGGAACCGCGGAGGGAGGAGCCGCGGCGGCGUGAAGAUGGCGUUCGUCGCGGGCGCGAACUUCACGAGCGACGGUGCGCACGUGCUCUAUCGCGCGUGCCGACGCGCGUGGGUCACGAACUCCACGACCACGCGGGCGGUGUCGUGCGGGAACGCGCCGCCGUCGAGGGUGGAGUUUCGACGCGCGAGGGGGGAUGACUGGGACGGCGGUUCCGGCGGUUAUGGGCCGUCGCCGCCGCCGGCGACGUCGACGACGGCGCGCCGGCGCGCCGGCGGCGGCGUCUCCGCGGUCGUGACCCUCCCGCGGCUGUCCUCGCGCGCGCCGCCGCUCGACGACCUCGACGACGACGGCGCCCUUCUCCGCGCGAACGACCUUCCGAGGCGAGAGCUCGAGAUCGCGUCGUUGCCAGCGAAGGGCUCUUUAGUCCUGUGCGGCGACUCGGACGACGCGGACGCGGUCGUCGCGCUUCGGUACCCGAGAUCGAUACCCGGAGACGCGGACGGCACGCCCGCGACGCUGGUGUACGUGCCGUACGGGCGCGAGGGCGGGAGCGGGGAGUGGGCGCGAGAGGCGUGCGAGGACGCGAAACGGGUCGUCGCGGCGAAAGGAGGAGGAGGAGGAGGAGGAGGAGGGGGGAUGGCACGGCUCGGUCCGCGCGCGCGUCGGAUCGCGUCGAGGGUUCGCGCGUUGCUGUCGUUCACGGCUUCGCUCGGCGGCGGCGGCGCCGGCGGCGACGGCGGGCGGCGAUCGCUCCUGGAGUCGUCGUCGUCUUCGCCGAACGUCGCGAUCGACGGCGGCGACGACGACGACGUCGUCGCCGCCGCGCCCGCGGGCGAGACCGCGGACGCGACGGACGGGUUCUCGUACCGCCACGUCGUCAACGGCGUGCCGUCGCCGGCGUCGCCGGUGACCAUCGCGCUGCCGCGGUCGUCCGUCGGCGCCGACGGCGCGGACGACGCGGACGCCGCCGAAAACGCGCCGACGCCGCCGCCGAGGGCGUCGCUCGCGCCGCGACGACGACGGCUCCUCGAACGCGUCGAGCCAAUCUCCACCGCCGCGCUCGCGCUCGACAUCCCGGCGGUCCUCGCGCUGGACCCCGCGUCGACUUCGGCGACGCCGACGUGCGCGGAGGCGUCGGUCGCCGCGUCCGACGUGUCCGACGCGUGGACGUGCGCGGCGUCGGACGCGUCCGACAAACGCGCGGGGUACCCGGGCCCGACGACGUGCCGCAAGCCGGAGUACGAGGUCCGCGUCGAGGUCGUCGGCGACUCCAUCCCGGACGCGUGUUUCGGCGCCGGUGGUUUCGGGUACGGCCCGGAGCGCGUGUGGGUCGGCGCGACGUUCGUCGACGGCGGGUCGUGCCCCGCGAGCGGGAGCGGGCACGACGAGAACGGCGUCCAUCGCACGAGUUGGCGGUCCGUCGCCGGCGGCGCGUUUCGACGGGAGGGACCCACACAGAACGGAGGAGCCUCCGGAGACGACUCUGGUGGACCUCUGCGCGCGACGCUCAGAGGGCUCUCGAGCUGUGGCGACGACGAGGCGCUCACGGUGUGGGCGUGGUCCUCGUGCGUCGAGCCGGCGGGGCAUCGGAUCCUUCUGAACGUCACGGUGAGCCGAUCGCCGCCGCGGCCCGAACCCGAGCGAUACCACGACGGCCGCGGCCCGCGGCCGAUACGCCCCGCGACGCACCCGCGGAAGCGGCUCGCGGACUGCCUCGUCGUCCCGCCCGUCUCGGGGCUGAUAUGCCCGGAGGAUCUGUCGCUGCUGCCGCGGCCGAGGGCGACGUGCCCGGCGCCGGGCGCGAGCGGCGAGGAGCUGGACGCGGUGUUGACGCUGGCGGCGUCGCAGCCGCGCGACCCGAGCGGGCACUCCGUCGCGCUCGCGCCCGACGCGCGCCCCGGCGCGGUCGUCGUCCCGCGGAACCUGACGGUGUUCUUCGACCUCCUCGGACCUCCGCCGCAUCCGAAAGCGGCGACGCUGUAUCAGCACGACGCCAACGGCAGGCGCGGCGCGCGGCUGCCGUCGUCGCUGGACUUCACCGGCGCGCCGAUUCGCGUCGCGGACGCGGACGGUCGCUUGCUCGUGUCCCCGACGCCGCGGUUGGACAUCCCGGGCGCGCACGCUCGGUCGCUCCCGGGGACGCCCGCGGCGUCGAUGCGGUACCUCGCGUGCGUCGCGGAGGACGGCACGUGCGCGUCGCAGAGCGGCAGCGCGGAGGUUGACGUCACCGCGAGGCCGCUCAUCUCAGCGGAGAACGCGUUCAUCCUCACCGAAAAGGGCAAGAAAUCGGACGGGUUCCGCGUGUACGCCUCCGACGAGGACUCGAACGGCGUCAUGACCGUCGUGACGUCCUUGCCCGAGGUCCUGGAGACGCUCGGGACGCUGUCGUACUGCCCGGAGCCGAUGCCGGCGCCGUCGUCGGAGUGCGCGACGGCGAUUAACCUCCUCUUGCGACCGUGCAGCGGAGGCGAGUCGUGCAUCAUCCUGUGCAGCGGCGCCGCGCAGUGCGUCGAGUGUCUGGACGACACGUACUUUCGAUGCCCGGGGCAGCAGACGCCGACGGUGAACCCGCUGAUUUACUGGACCGCGGGGACGUGCGCGGAGUGCGCCGGGAAGCCGGUGGGGGCGUUGGAGUUCAAGGCGCACGACGGCGCGCAAUUUUCGUCGCCGAUGACGGAGCCCGGGCACAAGGUGGAGCUCCACGUGAACACGCCGCCGCAGUCCAUCUCCGGCGGGAUAUUUCAGGAGACGAUCGCGCGAACUCCCGAGGACUGCGGCGCGGAGUGCGCCGCGGACUGCGCGGAGGUGUGCCGGCGCUCGUGCAUCGAGUACCUCUCCUCCGCGUCGAAAAACGCGGAGAUGAGCUUGGACUGGUGCGAGAUACACGACGCGUCCGGGGAGUGCGAUAACGUCGCGUGCGUCGCGGAGUGCGACGAGCUGCGUUGCGACUCGCACGUGUUCGCGUUGUACUCGCUGAGCGGCUCGGACGUCGACGGGGACCCGCUGAGCUUCCGCGUCAGCUCGAUACCGAAGCAGCUCGUCGUGAACCCGGACGACCAGUCCGUGACGUCGGAGGACGUCGGCAAGGUGUAUCAGACCGCGCUCGCUCCCGGCGAGAGCUCGUUCCGGAGGAUCUACGGGCCUGAUGACCUGGUGCUAUCGCGCUCGGGCGUGAUCAAGUUUAUUCCUCAGCGCGGGUCGCAGGGUCGGCCCGUCGGCGGCCUCACCGGGUUGCAAGAGAUUAAAUUCCGCGUCAACGACGGAUACGCCGACGCGUCGAGCACGGGCUCGGUGUCGUUCGCGGUGAACUCGCCGCCGACGACCGAGAACACGAGCACGCCGCUCCACGAGGGCGCCAACAUCACGCUGUCCCUGGGCGCGGUCGACGCCGCGGACUGCCCGGCCGGGUACUGCGGCAAACUCCCCGACGGGUCGUACUCGGGCGCGAUGAAAGCGCGCGUCGUUCGCGUCGCGCCGCUCGGCGUCGUCCCGGGAUUGUACCACGACGUCCCGAUCCCCGACGCGGACGGCGGCGGCGCGAUGCGAACCGAGCUUCGAUGCGACGGCGUGAACGGGACGUGCGAGCCGCCGAUAUUACUCACCGGCGUGGACGUCUUCUACGACCCCCCGGAGCCGACGCGUCCGGUCGACGACCUCAACCCCCCCGGGUUGGAAUCCAGCGGCGGCGUGCUGAGCGUCUACUUCGUCGCCGACGACGGCGAGCUGCUUUCCUCGACCGUCGGCGUGGCGAACAUCACGUACGUUCCGAAACCGAGAGCCGCGGACGUCGUCGUGUCGUACCCGUCGAAGAAGCCCAAGUCGAUCGGGGUUCGCGUGCCGAGUUUGGGCGAGUACUACGACGGCCAGCCGACGCAGUCGACGCGCGUGACGCUCGCGCCGCUUCCGAGCGCGUUCGCCUCGUGUGGCGACCAGACCGUCAGCGAGGACGACAGGAUACACACGAAGCUCGUGACGCUCCCGCCCGCGGACGUCGGAUACCUGAGCGUCCUCCGCGAGCCCUCGAACGGGUGGUUUAACCCCGACGGCACCCCCAGAGAUCCUCCGGAGACGGUGGCCAAGUACACCACGACGCCAGGGUUUUACCAAGUCAACGCGGGGAGCCUCGCCGAGGGCGCGGUGGACAAUCCGAUGCGCCAGGUGCUCUUCACGCCGCUGUCGGCGCUUCCGGACGACGGCGUCGCGUACAACACGUCCUUCACGUUCCGAGUGUGCGUGACCAAGGCGAACGAGGACGGCAGCCGCGUCUGCGACGCGUACGGCGAGACGCAGACGGCGACGAUCGUCGUCGAGCCGCACAACCUCCCGCCCGUCGCGACGCCGACGACGGCGCCGAGCAUGCUCCAGGGCGUCGACUCCGAGCGCGGCGUCGUGUUCUCUCUCCACGGGACGGACCCCGAGGGCGGCGACGUGUCGCCGUCCAUCACGCUCCCGCCCGGGUUUAGCGUCUCGUGCGGCGACGCGUCGAGCGCGUGCGGCGUCUUGUACCAAUACGACGCGCUCGGGACUUUCAAACGCGGCGACGCGUUUCCGUCGUCGUGCUCGUCGUCGUCGCCGUGCCCGGUGACGGACCCGGAACACCGCGUGCUCUUCGUCCCCGACGAGAACGGGAGGGAUCCGUACGGUCCGAACGCCGCGGCGUACGCGGCGAUCGAGUUCGUGGUCGUGGACGACGUUGGUCUGACGUCGCAGCCGGAGCGGGUGGAGAUGAGGGUCAACGCCGCGCCGACGAUUACCCCGGCGACCACGCGGCGGGUCUUCGUGUUUGAAAACUCCGCGGGCCCGCUGCCGCUGAGCCUCCUCGGGAGCGACUCCGACGGCGACGUUCUCACGUUCGAGAUCUUGAGCGCACCGAACCCCACGGGAGGCGACGACGACGGCGCGUUCUACGACGUGAACCCCGCGGACGGCUCGCGCGGUCGUCGGCUCGAUUUGAACAUCCUUCCUCAGGCGUUGACGCCCGGGAAUAAUCGCGUGUGGUUCGAACCGAAGCUCCCGGGGAACGUGACCGGGUGCUGCCCCGCGCGGGAGUGCGUCACCCUCGCCGGGGUGAACCUCCCGAGCACGUGCAACAGCUGCGACAGCUGCGUCGAGGUGGGGACGUCGUGUGAGUGCGCCAACGUGUGCUGCCCGCAUCGAUUUUUUUACGGCGAGCUGACGUACCGCGUAUCGGACUCGAACAACUUGUUCGCGCGCAACGUCGGGAGGGUGCACAUCCACGUGAAGCCGUCGAACGACGCGCCCGUCGUGGGCGAAGACUUCACCGUCGUCGCGUUCGAAGGCGAGCCGAUCGAGCUGGAGUUGAAAGGCGCGGACGAGGACGAGACGUGCGUCACGACGCAAAUCGCCGGCGUUUGGAGAGUGACGUGCGAGCCGCAGCUCGUCUCCGCGGUGAUCGUCGACGCGCCGAAAGUAACGGACACUGAAGGGGCGUUAACCGAUGCCUUCGGCGCCGCGAACACGAUCUCCGCGAUCGCGCCGACGACGGGAAACUAUGUCGGACCGCCGGGGUUCCCCUCCUCGUGGUUCGGCGCGGGCUCCAAGGCGCCGAACGAGAUGACCGCGACGGAAGCGAUGGCGCUGGACCGCGCGGUGUUGCUCUCGAACACGCUCAAGGUGACGUACACGCCGCCGCCCAUCGCGGCGGGGUUCCCGUUCUUCACGCUGCGGUACGGAUUGAAGGACGCCUCGGGCGCGUACUCCGCGGACACCGCGCGCGUCCAGAUCGUCGUCCGACAUAAACUCGACGACGUCCUGUCGCGGUUCGUCCGCCUGCCGAACUGGUACUUCCGCCCGAUCGACGCGCCGUUGAAGGACAGCGUCGACUGGUGGGCGAACGGCGCCGCGGGGAUCAACCCGGCGACGCUCGACCCGGAGACGACCGCGUCGCAUUGGUUGACCCCGAAGAAGCGGGAUCAGAUGGGGUCGUUCGGCGUCGUCUUCGGAAGGAACGAAGCCGGGCAGCUCGGGUUGGGACACGCCGCGAUUCAGCGCCUGCCCGUGCUCGAUGACGCGGAGGAGACGAUGAAGCUCGAGCUCGCGUCGAUCGCUGCCGGGGAGUACUCCGCCGUGGGUAUCAGCCGAGCCCCGGAAACCCUUGGGCAGGCGUACGCGUGGGGAGACGGCGCCAACGGACGCUUAGGUCUCGGGCACGCGUACCCGCGCGCGAGACCGACGAAAAUCGAAGGCGUCAACGACGUCGCCUCCGUCGCCGCGUCCGCGGGCCACGCGUGCGCGGUCACGAAACGCGGCGAGGCGUACUGCUGGGGAGCCGACGCGGACGGGCAGCUCGGCCGCCCGCGUCGCCGAGGGUCGCUGCGGGGUCCCGCGGCGGCGGCGACGGACGCGGCGGCGGCGGCGGCGGCGGAUCCGUUGCGACCCCACCGCGUCGUCGGCGGCGGAUUCGAUCGCGUUGACGUCGUCGGCGUCGCCGUCGGGGAGUUCCACACCGUCGCGCUGUCGUCGGAGGGCGUGAUGUGGUCGUGGGGGUCGAACGCGAACGGUCAGCUCGGACGGUUAGAGUGCGCGGAGCGGUCGCAUCACCCGAAGAGCCAGCCGAGGACGACGACGAUCGAAACCCCGGACGGGAACGAGACGAGGACGAUCUUCGGGGGGAACGAGAAGCUCAACGGGACCGGAUGCGAAGCCUACGGCGCGCCCGCGGUCGGGAGGCAGGAGACCCCCGGCCCGGUGGAGCUCGCGCUGAUGUGGCGCCCGUAUGGAAGAAGCGCGGACUCGCGCGAUUACCGCGUCCGGGAUUCAGACCUGGAGCCCGUCCGCUUCUCGCAGAUCGCCGCCGCGGGGUCGUUCACCGUCGCCGUCUCCGCGGACCCGCUCCCCGGGACGCCCGCGGCGAUCGCGCUCGAGAAGGCGCGCAAAGAGGCGGCGUUUCGACCCCCCGGGAACCUCAUCAAUGUGGACGUGGACGCAGAUGAGGACGCGUUGGGCGCGGCAAAGCGCGUCGAGACCGCCGCCGUCGCGCCCGGCCGCGUGUACACGUUCGGACACGGACCCGUCGGACAACUCGGCCACGGCGUCGGACGCCAGCCCGGCCGCGAAGGUCUCGACGACCACAGGGUCAUGGUCCCGACCCCGAUCGCGGCGCUGGAGGGCGUCGACGUCGUGCAGGUCUCCGCGUCGCGGCACCACGUCGCGGCGGUGACGCGCGACGGUCGAGUGUGGACGUGGGGCGGGAACUCUCACGGGCAGCUCGGGCACGGCGACCGCAUCACGCGGUUCGUCCCGAAACGCGUGGACGCUUUGAAGCACGUGAACAUAACCGCCGUCGCCGCGGGGUUACAUCACACCGUCGCGAUCUGCGACCUCGGGGAGGUGUACGCCUGGGGCUCGAACGAGUUUGGCGAGCUCGGGUUGGACCCGCAGAGCGCGUUCGAGCUCGAGGAGAACAACGCCAACGAGCCCUACCUGACGCUGCGGGGGUGGCGGCAGAUUCCGAACGUGACCAAUUUAUUGAACUCGGGGGAGACCGGCCGCCGACGCGCGCGGCGGCUGCUGCGCAUGGACGCCUCAGAUGAUCCGGAGGGCGAGUACGACUUGAUCUUCGAGCGCCUGCGCGACGACGAGGACGCGAGCGGCAACGUCGGGCACGCGCACUCCCUCUUCAAGUCGCUCCUCUCCGGGGUCCAACCGUUGACGCCGCCGCCGUGGGUUUUAAACGGCUCCGAGUUUGACCUCGCCGCGUUCGGCUGGGGCUGGGUCGUCGGGCAGUCCGCGGAGAGCGCGGGGCGACCGGACUACGUCACGGUCCCGCAGCUCGUGCGCGGCGCGACGCAGGUCGGGGAGAUCGCCGCGGGGGGCGGGUUCACGCGCGCGACGCGUCGCGCGUGCCGCCCCGGGUCGCGUCUCGACAAAGUCACCGGCGACUGCGUCGUCUGCGCGACGGGCGCCUUCGCGGAGGACCUGAGCGCGACCGCGUGCUCGCCGUGCCCGCCCGGUCGAGCCGCGCCCGUCGAGGGCGCGUCCAGAUGCGACGCGUGCGCGCCCGGAUCGUACGCGUCGCUCCCCGGAACGGAGACGUGCGCGCUCUGCCCCGGCGGCACGUUUCUCGGUUUCGGAGGCGCGUCGUCCGCGGAGCAGUGCGUCGCGUGUUCCCCCGGCACCUUCUCCGCGCUCCCCGGCGCGUCGGCGUGCGCGCCGUGCGGCCCGGGGACGUACCAGGAGUCUUCCGCUUCCACGGCGUGCGUCGAGUGCCCGGCGUCGACUUCGCUGGCGUACUCGCGCAGCCGCUCCGCCGCGGAUUGCCUCGCGUGCCCCUCAGGGUCCUUCGGCGACGCGCCCGGAAAGUCGAGCUGCGAGCCGUGCCCCGCGGGGCACUUCGCGGCGACGCCCGGGAGCUCCGUCUGCGCGCCAUGCGCGGUCGGGUCGUUUUCCGCGGGCGAGGGGAACGUGAAGUGCGACGCGUGUCCCGCGGGGACGUACGGCGCGGCGGCGGCGGCGACGAGCGCGGCGGCGUGCCCGCCGUGCGCGCCCGGGACGUAUUCCAACGCGUUGGGCGCGGCGUCGUGCGCGCCGUGCGCGCCGGGGACGUACGCGUCGAAUCCCGGGUCCACGGAGUGCGUAGGGUGUCCCGCGGGGACGUUCGGGUACGCGCCGGGGGCGACGUCCGCGGCGCAGUGCGACGCGUGCCCGAAGGGGGAGUAUAACCCGACGUCGGGGCGCGCGCGGAUCGAGUUUUACAACGCGUUGAUCGAGGCGACGGAGUACGUCAAAUGCGUGGACUGCGCGCAGGGGACGUACGCGGACGUCCUCGGGUCGACGGUUUGCAAGCAGUGUCCGCCGGGGACGCAUCUCAACUACACCGGCGCGCGGUCCGUCUCGGAGUGCUACGCGUGCGCGCCCGGGAGUUUCGCCCCCGUCGGAGGGCUGGACGCGUGCUUGCCGUGUCCUCCCGGGACGUACGUCGAAACCUUCGGCGGGAGCGCGUGCGUCGGAUGCCCCCCCGGAAGUUUCAACGCGUUCUUCGGGUCGAACUCCGUGGACGCGUGCGAGCCGUGUCCGCCCGGGACGUUCAUCGACGCCGCGGGCGGGGGCUCGUGCACGCUGUGCCCGGAGGGCCACUACCAGCCUCUGAGCGGGCAGAGCUCGUGUCUGAAGUGCGCGGCGGGAUUUUACCUUCCGGAGAAGAACGCGACGUCCGCGGACCAGUGCCUUCCAUGCGACGUCGGGACGUUCGCGGCCGCGCCCGGUACCGCGGAGUGUUCGCCGUGCCCCGCCGGGUCGUUCGCGUCCAGCCCGCGAUCGUCGUCGUGCGAUCCGUGCGCCGCGGGGACGGUGUACGGGCUCACGGGAGGGAACUCGUCGUCGCAGUGCGUCGCGUGCGGACCUGGCACCGUCGCGCCGAAUCCCGGCAUGUCCGAGUGCGCGGAGUGCCCGCUCGGGCGGUACAACACGUUCUUCGGCGCGACGUCGUGCACGCCUUGUUCCGCGGGGUUGUUCCUCCCGUUCACGGGCUCGCAGGACCCGCUUGAUUGCCAGCCGUGCGGGACGGACCCGUACGGGACGUACUCGCCGACGCCCGGCGCGGGCGCGUGCGAGCGGUGCCCGCGAGGCACGUACGCCGACGCCGACGGCUUGCGCGCGUGCGUUCCCGUCCCGCGAGGGUUUUUCUUACCGCAGCCCGGAAGCAACAGCAGCGCGGACGCGAUCCCGUGCCCGGUCGGGACGUUCGCGAACGAGCCCGGCGCGGAGCUCUGCGCGGACUGCCCCACGGGUUCGUACGCGGACCAGGUGGGGACGAUCGCGUGCUCGCCGUGCGACGCGGGGUUUUUCCUCCCCACCGAGAAGGCGACCUCCGGGGACCAGUGCCGGAAGUGUCCGAUCGGCACGAGAUCCGCCGCGGGCGCGGGGCAGUGCAACGUGUGCCCGCCCGGGCAGUACGGCGACGAGGAGGCGCUCCCGGAGUGUCUGAGCUGCCCGCCCGGGAUGUACCAAGCGCUCGCGGGCGCGUCGAGCGCGGACCAGUGCCUCGAGUGCGCCAUCGGCUUCCACAACACGCAGCCGGGGAAGGCGCAGUGUCUGCCGUGCAUCCCGGGGACGUACGGUAACCUCACCGGGAUGGCGGAGUGUUGGAAGUGCCUUCCGGGGACGUUUAUCGAUCUCGAGGGGUCGAUAUUUCCGAGCGACUGCGCGCCGUGCGCGUUGGGGACCUUCGCGGACCAGCACGGAUCCGCGGUGUGCGAUCCGUGCCCGCCCGGGUCGUACAACGACGAGGAGGGCCGCGACUCGUGCAAGCUGUGCCCGGCGCGGACGUACGGGCCGAGGACGGGCGCGACCGGGAUCGAACUGUGCGAGUACUGCCCCAGGUGGCACUUCAACACGACCCCGGGGACGUUCCAGGUGCAAGACUGCGUGUACGAGCACAGCGGCGCGCGAUCGUUCCGCGGCGGAGGAUGGACGUUCGCGGUCGUCGUCGCGCUCGUCGCGGCGUUGGGUUUAAUUUAGUUUAUUUAAUGUUAGAAGCUAGUAGUCUAAGAAAGUACGGAAGUACUUUCGAAAGUACGUUGAAAGUACCUUCGAAGGUGGGUAGUAC